AAAAAAAAAAAAAAAAGAACCUAAUAUUGAUAUAUUUUUGGGAUAUGUCUUUAUGAUAGCGUCGAUAAAUUUGAAAUCUUUUUAUGCUUCUCUCAAAGUCACACAUGCGGGACAGGCGGAUAUCCAAACCAUCCACCUUUUUUUUUUCUUCCUCUGUUUUUCUUUUUCCAUCUUCCCUUUUUGUACACUACCAUUCAAUCUUUUUUUUUUAUUACCAUUCUUAUCUAUUUCCUAUAUACAUAUCAUACACUAUCAUGUCCUCUAGAUUAGCGAAACAAUCUUUAGAUCUUUUAAUAAAAUCAAACGACAAGCAGAAAAAAGUCGAAAAACCACCCAUUCCAACGUUGAAGCGAUUACCCAAAACCAAGACUGGAUUGAAAAAGAUCAAAUAUGAACUUCGAUAUGGUCAACACAAACGAUUGAAAUUAGAAAGACUAGAACAAAAAAAGAAAGAAAAUCCUAUUGAUGAAUUGGCACUAAAAGAAGAGACAGAUAAGAAGACAUUAGAACGAACAAUUUCUUUGUUAUCAUCAAGGUGGAAAGCAUCUAAUGUAGAACGAUCCAUUCAUGAACAAACAUUGGCUAAAAAACAAAAAAACAAGCGAUAGGAUGUACAAUAUAUUUUUUUUUUUUUGAUUAUAUACGACAUGAUUUUAGGCAUAAUUUGAUGAUUUGUUGAACUAGGGUUUAGAUAUAGUUAGAAUGUUUAUGUGUGUUUGAAUAAAGAAUGUGUUUUUUUUUAAAGAAGAAAAAAAAUUGUUUGAAAUGAAUUACCUUUUGAUUUGGGACGAGAACGAGGACGAGAAUAGGUAACGACGGUCGAUGUGGAAGCAUAAGUGACUUUACGAGGGGAUUGUUUCACUACAGGUUUCGAUCCAUCAUACCAAGAAUUCAAUACAGGUAAAGUAUCAUAUAAGGAUUGAUGUGUACAAGUCAUGUUUUCCAAAAAGUGAACAUAGAAUGAAG